AAUAAAAAUAAAAUAAUUUUGGGUAAUAGCCCUCGAAUUUGCUGCUCCAGAAUUCGACCACUCUAACGUCCGUCGUCUUCCCCGGCUCCGGUCGACCGUCGGAGUGUGUACGUCAUCCACUCACUUCCCUUCAUUUCAAUUCGAUGUUUCUGAGAGCUUCGCUGCUUAAGUUUUCAUCAUUCUACUCAAUCCCAUGUCAUCCUCUGCUUCCCGUCUCUCUCUCUUCCUCAAUUUGUUCUUCUCCUCGCACACCUUUCUCUAUCCGAUGCCAUUCAGCUUUCCCCUUAUCCCACGAACCAUCUUCUUCAGCUUCCUCUGAAUUCCCCGAUGUGGCGGAUAAUCGUUGGAGGCCCACGUGUUUGUAUUUCACUCAUGGCAGGUGCACAAUGAUGGAUGAUCCACUCCACAUAAAGAAGUUCAAUCAUGAUAUCUCCAGGGAGCUUCAGGUAGAUGUUGCUAGGUCAAACCAUAUGCGAACUCAGGACUUUGAUUAUUUUCUGGUGCUUGAUUUGGAGGGUAAAGUUGAAAUUAUUGAGUUUCCAGUCAUAUUAGUAAAUGCCAAGACGAUGGGUGUGACAGGUUUUUUCCACAGGUUUGUUAGGCCAUCAAGAAUGAGUGAACAGAGAAUAAAUGAAUACAUUGAAGGAAAAUAUGGCAAGUUUGGAGUUGACCGUGUCUGGCAUGACACAGCCAUACUGUACAAGGAUGUUAUUCAACAGUUCGAGGAUUGGCUGGUUCAGCAUCAGCUAUGGAGAAAGGAACUGGGCGGUGUUCUUGAUCGAGCGGCAUUUGUGACAUGUGGCAACUGGGAUAUAAAAACUCAGGUCCCACAUCAAUGUAGCGUGUCGAAGAUGAAACUUCCUGACUAUUUUAUGGAGUGGAUCAACAUUAAAGAUGUCUAUCUUAACUUUUACACAAAAAAGGCAACGGGAAUGGCGACAAUGAUGAGACAACUCGAAAUGCCCUUGGUGGGAAGCCAUCAUCUUGGUAUAGAUGAUACAAAGAAUAUCGUGAGAGUGUUGCAGAGAAUGGUUGGUGAUGGAGCACAUUUGCAAGUCACUGCACGAAGGAAUCCUAAAUCUCCUCAACAUGUUAAGUUUCUUUUUGAGAACCGUAUUUAGUGAUGGCUGUCUUCAGCAAGUUAUCUUCCAUAUUUGUCUGGAUGAUCUAUGGAAUGGAUAAGUCUUUAAAAUAGAUACUUCGAUCUCAUGAAUUGUAGAUGAAUCUGUCAAUUCAGUUCUGAUGUGUUUCAAGUGUUGAAAUUUGACCAGAUGAAAUAUGUUGCAAUUCUAAAUUUGAAGUUUAGAGGUUUCAUUUGAAAUAUCAUUAAAA